UGUUUCAUGGACAAUGGUUCCAAAGCGGUUGCUGAUGCCUAGUUAUCAGAAGAAAGAAUUGCCUUUUCCCACGCGCAUUCUUGUAAUAUUUUGAAAUUACUGGCAAACGUUCUGGUUGUUUCUGUAAAGAAAUACAGCCACCAACUUCAUUACCAUUUCACCCUAUUUGCAUGUAGAAGACUGCCAUGGAAGAGACUUCUCGAAAGAAACACGGUGGUCCGAAGGGGUCAUCUGUGUAUUAUGAGCAUGAGGACUCUGAACAAGGAAGGGAGGCCCAGGAGACUGGCAAAAGAAGAGAGUACCCACGGAGGGCCCACAGGAAAGUGGUCAACAUGCCAUCAGAUGCCCCCGUGGUGCCUAAAAUUGAAGACAAGGGAGAAGCCAACGAUAGUCCCAAUGUACCGCCAGUUCCUAUGCCCACAUCUAUUUUUCAGACUGCCACUGGGCAAUACAUUGCUUUCACCCAGAACGGCGCCAUUCAGCUGACCAAUGCAGCAGGAGAGGGGCUGCAGCCUCUGCCUAUGCAUCAUCCCUCAGGGGGCCCUCCUCCGGGGCCACCCAUGGGCCCCUACGCCACACAGUCAGGAGACGCCGGACAGCACUACUACAUGCCCGCCAACAAGAUGACAGUACAAGCCGCCACAGGGGACAUGAGCGCGUACCAGAUGCACCCCCCAGCCCCUGGUCUGCCCCAGGGAGUGAUGAUGGGGGGCUCCCCCGGCCCCAUGCACGGACACGGGCACGGACACGGACACCCGCACCACACCGAAGAGGCUACGCGCAAGAGGGAGCUACGCCUGCUCAAGAACAGGGAGGCGGCCAAGGAGUGCCGGCGGAGGAAGCGCGAGUACGUGCGUUGCCUGGAGACGCGCGUCACCUCUCUGGAGCAACACAACAAGAGUCUGGAGCAGCACAACAAGAAGCUGCAGGAGGAGCUGCAGUACCUGAAGGACAUCUACCAAGUCCAGACAAACUAGGACUAAUAGCUGCAGUACCUGAAGG